AAAGCAGUAGAAUAGAAAAACGUAAACAAAAAGGAGGAAGGAAAACGGGAAGAUGGAAAGGAAAAUAAAACAGCGAGAAUAUUAUACUCGCUCUUUCUCAAUGACUUUUCUUGUUUAACAGUGAAUGCGAAAUCAACAGAAAAUGUGGAAAGAAAGAAGAAAUUUAAGAGAAAUAAAUAGAAUGAAGAAUAAUUUCAUACGAAACUACUGUCAGUAUGGGAAAUAACUCUACUAUAAAUAUGAAUAUGGCAUUAAGUGUUACUAUAGCAACCUUUAUGUGCAGCUAAACGUCAAACCGUCAGUUCAGUUGGCCGUCACUCAACAUUAUGACUUCUGCAAUACCUGGAGAUACACCAUCUCCACCUUGUCCUCACAGCAAUGACACAAAUUCAUUUUAUUUUUCUACAUACACGGACAAUAACACAGUGAAUCCUAACAGAACCAAAGGGAACAACAAGGAGAAUAUUUCAGCAAAAACAUAUCCUGAGUUCUUCAAAUAUAAUAUUAACUUCAAUGAGUAUUUAAGAGGGGUUCCAGAAAAUGAGUACGCUAAUUAUUUUGAAGGAUUUAAUGAAAUCAGAAGACUUGACCACAUUUUGUAUGAGAAGCUCACCAAGGAGAAAGAAGCUAAGAUGCAGAGUGCUCUUUUACAAAAACAAUUACUUGAAGAGUUGGAAAAGAUAAAGAAAACUGGAAGAAUAGAAAUGAGGGAUGAAAAAGCCAACACUGAAAAGUUCUUUGCCCUGACCUACUCACCAAAGCAUCGUAGCAGCAAGAAAGAUGACACUACAGAUAGUAUUUUUGCAUAUUCGCCUUUCUUCAAAACUGAACAACUAAAAUCAGAAGAUGAUACCGAAAGUGAUUCUUCUCGAUCAAUGUCAACUAUGGUGAAUGAGUAUACUGAAAAGAAAACUCAGGAUCUCAUAUUGGACGAUGAAGCCCAUUUUCUUGAAGACAUCGGGUACAGUAGUGAGAAUGUCAAAGACAAAAUUCUCCAAAGUGAACUAUCCUCUGCUGAUAUUGUUAAGGAUACAAACUCAGUCAAAGACAUUAUUAAUGAAAUUUCAAACGAAGGCCUCAAGGAUGAAACCACUGACAAAAAGUCUUUGAAUCAAGAAGUUAGUGAUAUGAUGUCAGACCCAGUGUCAUCCUAUGAUUUCAAGUUAGUUCAAGUUACCAAUGAUAAUUCCCUGAGCUCAACACCGACUAAUGUGAAUCCUGACCAAAUGAGACUCAGUGUUGCUGGCUCAAACCAAAAUAUCAGCUGUGAGCCUCUAACUCAGGUACCCAGUGAUGUGGUCUUAGACCAAGUGGUGCUCAGUGGUACAGGCUCAAGCCAAAAUAUCAAUAUUGAAUCUCCAAAUAAAGUCCCCAGUGAUGUGGUCUUAGACCAAGUGGUGCUCAGUAAUAAAGGCUCAAGUCAAAGUAUCAGUAUUGAGUCUCCACAUCAAGCACCCAGUGAUGCAGUGUUGGACCAAGUGGAACUCAGUAAUACAUACUCAAACCAAAAUAUCAGUAGUGAGUCUCCAGCUCAAGCACCUAGUGGUGUGGACUCAGAUCAAGUGGGUCUCAUUAGUGAAGAUUUGAGCCAAUAUAUCAACAAUAAGUCACUCAAUCAAUCACCCAGUGAACUAAUAGAACUCAGUGGGACAGACACAAGUCAGGCAUUGAAGGAAGUAGUCUCAAGUGAAAUACGACUGUCAUUUAGUAAUGAGUCUCUCCAUCAAUUAGAACUCAAUGAAAUGCCAUUUAGUCUGGUGCAAAUCAAGGAGACAGCCUCAAGUCAGGAUGAAGAACAUAGUCAGAUGAAGAAGAAAACCAAAAAGAACUUUAUUAAAAGAAACAUUCAGUUGGCUAAAGAUGCUGAUAGUGUAGUUUCUAUGACACCUGAAGAGAAAAACAGAAUUGAGAAUUUGCUUCAAGACUUGGAUACAUUGUAUGAAACUCCUAAAGAAAUACAGAUUUCUGAUUUGGCAACUAAGGAUUCCUUAUCAUCUCAAAGAGAAGAUGGAUUCUUGAGCAGCCUGGAAGAUAAAACCAGUCUUGCUGAAAUAGAUUACAAACUGAGAUAUUUGAUGACACCAUCAGAAUUUGAAAUGAUUGCUUUGAAACAUCGAUCACCAACUCCCACUCAACGCAUAUUUAGCACUGUCUCACCACCAUCUGAUACUUUUGGACUGAAACAAUUUGGUGAGAAAAUUUUAUUGGAUUCAAAAGAAGAAAGAAAUAUGAAAGAAAGGAUGAAGAAAAUCGAUGAACAAUUGUAUGACAUCAACACUAGAAAUUUUGACUAUUCAGAUAUGAAUUCUACUCUUGAGCCUGAUGUUUUACAAGAUCUGUUGGAAUCAUGUGCUGUGUCUUUAACUGAAUCUGCUGCCAAUUCAUUAUGUACAACUGCUCGAUCAACUAACUCUUCUCUUGAUGAAGAUUUAAUGCUACCAAGCAACUUAAGUCAGCAAAGCCCUUCUGAUGUCUUAUCCUCCGUUAUGAAGUCUCCUCCCUGCCUUGCUGAUGAUGUGUUGCAAAAGUUAUUGAUAGAAGCAGCUCCAAUGAAGUACAAACCCUUGUCUCCAAUAUCAGAUAGGUCUAACACCCCUGACCAUAGCAUCUUCAGAAGUUGUUCAAAUCUCAGCUCAUGCACACUGUCCAGUUUCAACAGCCCCAGGAAAGAGUUCACCAACUCAAACAUGUCUGCAAGUCAGUCUCCUUCUAAAGUCCAGGAUUAUUCAUUACCAGAACUUUCUUGUCGAGCUAGCCUGGUUGGACACGAUGUUAGUUCACCUGAAUCCACUUCAACACAAUGAAUUUAUGAUAGACAGGUUUGAAACAUAUAUUUGAAUAUCAAAUAAACAAUUGUUGAUUCUGAAUAAAACAAAUAUAAAAAGUUUAAAA